AUGCCCGGCCUGUCCCCGCGCGGGGCGGGCACCGUGACUCGGCUGGGCCCCCAGCGGCGGGCGAUGUGAAGAUGUCAGUGGGCUGUGCCUGUCCUGGUUGUUCCUCAAAGUCAUUCAAGCUGUACUCGCCGAAGGAGCCCCCGAACGGCAACGCCUUCCCCCCCUUCCAUCCCGGCACCAUGCUAGAUCGGGAUGUGGGCCCGACUCCCAUGUACCCGCCUACAUAUCUGGAGCCUGGGAUUGGGAGGCAUACACCAUAUGGCAACCAAACUGACUACAGAAUAUUUGAGCUUAACAAACGGCUUCAAAACUGGACAGAGGAGUGUGACAAUCUCUGGUGGGAUGCUUUCACAACUGAGUUCUUUGAGGAUGAUGCCAUGUUAACCAUUACUUUCUGCCUGGAGGAUGGACCAAAGAGAUACACCAUUGGCCGGACCCUGAUCCCACGCUACUUUCGCAGCAUCUUUGAGGGGGGUGCUACGGAGCUGUACUAUGUACUUAAGCACCCCAAGGAGGCAUUCCACAGCAACUUUGUGUCUCUCGACUGUGACCAGGGCAGCAUGGUGACCCAGCAUGGCAAACCCAUGUUCACCCAGGUGUGUGUGGAGGGCCGGUUAUACCUGGAAUUCAUGUUCGAUGACAUGAUGCGGAUAAAGACGUGGCACUUCAGCAUCCGGCAGCACCGGGAACUCAUCCCCCGCAGCAUCCUUGCCAUGCAUGCCCAGGACCCCCAGAUGUUGGAUCAGCUCUCCAAAAACAUCACCCGGUGUGGGCUGUCCAAUUCCACUCUCAACUACCUCCGACUCUGUGUGAUACUCGAGCCCAUGCAGGAGCUCAUGUCCCGCCACAAGACCUACAGCCUCAGCCCCCGUGACUGCCUCAAGACCUGCCUUUUUCAGAAGUGGCAGCGCAUGGUAGCGCCCCCCGCGGAGCCCGCACGGCAGCAGCCCAGCAAACGGCGGAAACGGAAGAUGUCAGGGGGCAGCACCAUGAGCUCGGGGGGUGGCAACACCAACAACAGCAACAGCAAGAAGAAAAGCCCAGCCAGCACCUUCGCCCUCUCCAGCCAGGAUGUGAUGGUGGUGGGGGAGCCCACCCUGAUGGGCGGGGAGUUCGGGGACGAGGACGAGAGGCUCAUCACCCGGCUGGAGAACACCCAGUUUGACGCGGCCAACGGCAUUGACGACGAGGACAGCUUUAACAACUCCCCUGCCCUGGGCGCCAACAGCCCCUGGAACAGCAAGCCUCCAUCCAGCCAAGAGAGCAAAUCAGAGAACCCCACGUCACAGGCCUCCCAAUAGAGGCCUCACCACGGCCACCCAGCGCUCUGCCUGCCUGCCCCACCCCUCGCAGCCCCAGGGAGCAGAAGACAGAAUGAAGAGACUGAGCAUCUAUCUAUAGUGGGCAGCCUCCAUCUACCCACUUCAGGGAGGAACUGGACUCUCUGGGGGCAGGUGCCAAGAUUUGCCCCCCAGUGGCCCUGGGCUGGGCCUGGCCUCUGCAGAGCCUUUUGGGGGAAGGGGUUACUCAUGUGGAUGCCUAUGUGGACCCUGGUCCUCUGAGAAGUGUCCUGGCCGCCCCCCAGGGCAUUUGCCUCCAUCUUCCCAGGUUCUGGGUUCUCCAUCCUCCUGACUCCACCCCCUUCCAGCCUGGGGUUGUCUAUACCCACAGCCCUUAGGGACUUAAGGUAUGGGGCUUGGUUGAGUGCCCCUCCCUCAAACCUUCCCCCUAGGUGGCUGGUAGUAGAGGGGUAAAGCUCUGGGCUUCUCCCUUCUGCCACCUAUCCCAGCUCCAAGUUUUUAAAAAAAUAAUAUUAUUAAAAAUGUAAGUUAAAAAAAA